UAGGGCUGUUGAUGGCAAAAUUUACUGCCCAUGUAAGUACUGCCGGAAUAACCAGCGGCACCCCCCAGAUUACGUUCUUGCCCACCUGAUAGGGGGGAAGGGAAUGUCCACGGGAUACGGUUUCUGGUAUAUGCACGGUGAGACUACCCUAAACCCUGCUGCUCCUGUUCGGGGUCACGACCAUCCCAGUGUCACAGAUACGGCUGCCCGUGGCAUUGAACAUGUAGAAGUCACAGAACAAGGCGGAGACCUGGAACAAGGUAAUGCGACAACGAUUGGUACGUUGUCGCCUGUUGGACAAUUGCUGAGCCAACAAUCCCCUCUCGGGACUCCAUCGCCCAUUACACCAUCUCUUGCGGGACAAUCGCCGGUUGGCGAGUUCACGCCCGGGAUUGCACCUCGUGAUCCGCAGCGACGUCCUCCAGAUUUGUAGAUAUUUUGUGUGUUUUUUUUUUUGUUAGUAACGAAUAACUUUAUUAGAUCAAGAUUUUCAAAUUUGUUAAUAUUGUUGUGUAAGUAUUUGUUGUUAGUAACG